GGGAGACGGUGGUAAGGGUUCCUCCUCCCUUCUCCUCCAAAGAUGAAUCGAUCUUGAGCCCCCUUUCCAUCUGAUCGGUAUAUGUUUCUCCAAUUCGAUCCGAUCCCCGUCCUUUUGGUUUCCCUUCAGGAAUGGAGGAAGACGGCGCUCCGGCUGACGUCGAUGAUCCUGCAAAGUCGUCCGACAGAUGCAGCGAGGCGGCGGCGGCGCUGAGGAAGAAGCGGCGCCGAGGGGUCGUCGCCCGGCUGUGGAGACGGAUCUUUGGGGACGACGACGACGACUUCCAGAAAAGGUUGGAGCACCUCUCCAAGGAGGAGGCGUUGGUCCUCGCGAGGUUGAAGAGAAGGGCUCACUCGUCCCGGAAGACGGCCAGGAGUAUCGUACUCCUCUCCGUGAUUCUCGAGGUGGUAGCCGUGAGUUAUGCUGUAGUCACUACAAGAUCAGAGGAUUUGGAUUGGAAGAUGAGGGCUAUUCGAGUGUUGCCCGUGUUUGUAUUACCUGGCUUGUCAACUGUUAUUUACUCAGCACUUGUAAGCUUCACAAGAAUACUUGAUUAUAAGGACCAUAAAACCCUUGAAAGACUUCGUGCCGAGAGGCAAGCAAAAAUUGAUGAGCUCAAGGAGAAAACAAAUUAUUACACCACACAACAACUCAUUCAGAGGUAUGAUCUUGAUCCUGCUGCAAAGGCGGCAGCUGCAAGUGUUCUGGCAUCCAAGCUUGGGGCAGAUUCUGGCUUGAGAUUCCAUGUGGGAGACGAAUCCAAUGUAAGUGCAUCAGGCAAAAGUUAUGAUGCUGAGCUGGUCCAGUCUGCUGGGCUGCGCAACAGGAAACCAUCACAAGCACUAUGUCAUAGCACCGGGAGCAGCACGACAUCUGAGUUCAUCGAUGAAACACUUAAUGAAUAUAUUGCUGAUACCCAAGAAAUUGGUUCUCCUAAUCAGAGAGUUGUUGAACGCCUCGAGGGAUCGGCCCUUGGUGAUAGGGGUUGGCUUGCUCGUGUAGCAGCGCUGCUCGUUGGGGAGGAUCCAACUCAGUGCUAUGCGCUGAUAUGUGCCCACUGCCACAUGCAUAAUGGACUAGCUAAGGAGGAGGAUUUCUCAUACAUAACAUAUUACUGCCCCCACUGCCAUGGAUUGAAUGGGUCAAGGCGUUCAGAGGAGCAUGAAAUGGGAUUGAGUUCUGGCAAGGACACACCUACCUCUUCACUAGAAGGUGAUAAUAAGAGAACUGUUGCGAGCAGUUUAGCCGCUGUAGAAGAGAUUCCUGGAAGAACUGAUGAGAACGAGCUUGAUUCUACUACCAGUUCAGGUUUCGAUACAAGAGAUUCCUGCAGGGACUGAUGAGAACGAUGAGCAUGUCGGUUGAAGUUUGUGUUUUUCUCGAGAGGAUGUUUGUGCCAAUUUUGGUAUCGGUCAGUUUGGUUUGUUUUGCAACAGCACACGUGAUUUCAACUAUUAGAGGAUUCUUGUAAUGUAAUACAAAUUUGUUAGUGCCCAUUUGAUGAGAUCAAAA